AUGCAUUUGAUGCUGUCCUAUGUAACUAUUCCCUCCCUCCCUCCCGGUUCUCCUUGCGGCGAAAAGGUAGAAAAUAUACUGACCGUUCUGGAUAUAGUCUCGGCAUUCUUGGCUGGUAUGAAGAGAUCAACUGGUUUAACACCCAGUCUUAAGAAAGAUGUCACCGAAAACAAAGAAAUCAACGGUUGGAUCGAGAAAUAUCUGGGAGUUGGCGAAUGGGUUAUGGAUACAUCGGUAGCCUUUGCAGGGUCAUCCGGCUUCUUCGAGAGAAAGAGAUGA